UCGCUCUCUCCAUCUCUUUCCUUUAGGAACAGAGGCAGAGAUCUUGGCGUUUAUGGAAGCCGGUCUUUCCUUCACCAAGAUCUUGGCCUCCGUCAACCGGCCGGCAACGGAGUAGUCGAUGGAGGCCGAGAUCUUUGUGCGGGGGGAGAAAGGUGACGGGGUGGUGGAGGUCGAGCAUCUCGCCGCGGAGCUUGUCGGGCUUCGCAUUGAUGAGGGCCAGCUCGUCGGCGAGGUCCUAGGUAAGGGAUGGGUCUAGGCGAUGGCUAUGCCGACGCUGCCGACCCGGACGACGGCGAUCUUAGUGUGGCGCUUGGAGGGCGAUGGCUGGGGAUGUUCUGGAUCGGCUUGGUGAAGGCUUGGGUUAGGUCCAAGCCACCGGGGAUGAGGUAGGAAGCUGACGAAGCUUUGUGCAUCUGCGACAGUGUUUUGAAUUUGAGGUUUGAGAGAGAGAGAGAGAGAGAGAGAGAGAGAGAAUCGAGGAUGAGUGAAGACGGAGGAAGAAGAAGAAAGAGGGAGGGGUGUUUAUGGAAGUCAAAAGACAAGUGAAAAAGAUAAUAUUUUAAAAUCUGAAUUGGGCGCAGCGGAUGGACUCGUUUUUUUUUUUGUUGACCGGGCACAACAGCUGUGCAUUGACUACAAGUCAACAAAAGGGAGCAAAAGCCAUCGUGACGCGGAAGUUUCCAAGUCUUCUCAAACUGCUUUAACUUUUCCAAACCCAUCUCCCAUCUUCCGUUUCUCAUCUUGCACUCCAGUGAUUCAUCCCUCACAAACCAUCUUUUUGAGCCUGCUAUCUGUUUUCUGAAGCAACAGCAACAACCACGCUCCAUCCAACCGAGCAGGAACUUGUUUUUCCACCAGAAUGAUUGCUCAUCUUCAGAUAUGUGCCAUGUUCUUGGUCUUGCUGAUUGAGAUCACUCGAUCGCGAGGCAAUGAUGACUUGUACUCGAAUUGCAGCAACCUAUUCAACUGCGGGAACAUCCAAGGCGUCGGCUACCCUUUUUGGGGCGGGAACCGAUCCGAGAGUUGCGGCUACCCGGCGCUACGACUUGAUUGCGAGAACAACACUGCCAGUAUCACGAUAUCCAAUGUCAAAUACAAGGUUCUUGAUUUCUACCCCGACACCGACGUACUACAGAUCGCCCGUGAAGAUUUCUCGGCUGGAAUCUGCUCCCCUGACUUCACUAACACCACUCUCGACCCUGCACUCUUCAGCAUCCUCAACGGCUACAUCAACUCCACAUUCAUCUACGGUUGUGCAUCUAAACCGACAGGGAAUGUUUCGAGCAACUUCUUGUGCACAGACAGUUAUGUGAUUCCCGAGGCUGUUGGUUAUGUGAUUCCCGAGGCUCUUGGGCAGGAAAGAUGCUUGGGGAGCGUGGUGGUCCCCGUCUCUCAGACCCUACCGUCCCAGUUGGGAAAAAGCCGGGCGAGCGUGGAGAAGAUAUUGCAGCAAGGAUUUGAGGUCAAGUUAGGUGUGGAUACUGCAGCGUGUAAAGAGUGCGCUCCAGGAGUCUGCAGUUACGAUCUCUCAACGAAUAAAACGGUUUGUCAUUGUGCGGAUGGAUCCUCGGGGUCGGCAACGUGUGUGCCGUCUGCCGCCGGAGGGCCUCAAGGGCAGCCUGGUUCAAAAGGAUUCCACGGGUGGGGUGAAAUCUUCUCAGCCGGAGUUCUUGCUAUUGGUGUUUCCAUAUCUGCAAUUGGCACCAUUUUCAUCUUCAAGAUUACAAAUGGAAUCUUCCCAUGGAAGCUUCUACUCUUCAAGAAAGAGAAAGAUCAGGAUGUUGAGAAAUUGAUGGGGAUCCAUGGAUCUCUUGUUCCAAAAAGAUACCGAUAUAUUGAUUUGAAGAAAAUGACAAACUCAUUUUCAGAAAAACUUGGUCAAGGAGGAUUCGGUGUAGUGUACAAAGGGAAGAUCGGAGAUGGUUGUCCUGUGGCAGUGAAAAUUCUGACAGAGUCAAAAAGUAGCCCAGAAGAAUUUAUCAAUGAAGUGGUGAGCAUUACUAGAACUUCUCAUGUUAAUGUAAUCACUCUUUUAGGUUUUUGUUUCGAGGGGAACAAACGAGGUCUAAUAUUCGAGUAUAUGCCUAAUGGUUCAUUGGAUAAGUUCAUAUCUGCUGGAAGAGCUUUAAAUAUGAACAGUCUAUAUCAAAUUGCGAUUGGCAUAGCUCAUGGGCUAGAGUAUCUACACCGAGGCUGCAAUACCAGAAUCUUGCAUUUCGAUAUAAAACCUCAAAACAUCUUGCUUGAUAGAGAUUUUAUUCCCAAGAUUUCAGAUUUUGGUCUUGCUAAACUUUGUCACGGGCAAGAGAGUGCUGUAUCAAUUCCCGGCAUGAGAGGAACAAUUGGGUUUAUUGCACCAGAAGUUUUCAAUCGAAACUUGGGGAGAGUCUCUCACAAAUCAGAUGUUUAUAGUUACGGAAUGUUGGUUCUUCAAAUGGUAGGCAUUAGAAAUUCCGACAUCAAAGUUUCCAACAGCAGUGAAAUGUACUUUCCAGAGUGGAUUUAUAAGAACUUAGAGGUUGGCAAACAUCUAAAAUUGCCGAUGAAUGUGACCGAGGAAGAGGAAGUGCUAGCAAGGAAGAUGCUUAUCGUGAGUUUGUGGUGCAUUCAAACCAAUCCAUUUGAUCGACCUCCAAUUGCGAAGGUGAUAGAAAUGUUGGAAGGAAGUUUUGAAUUAUUGCAAAUGCCGCCGAAGCCCGUGUUCGAUAAUACAACACGGCCACCGUCGCAACAUCGGGAAAUGACGACUUCGAAUUCCAAUGGGAGCCAUGAGGAGGACAGAAUAGUAGAGAAUUUAGAGGAAAGCAAUGACAAAUGGCAGAGUGGUAAUGCCUGACACAACUUCUCGAGGUAAUUGUCAUGCCUUUCUUUAGAUUCAAAUUUUUUUCGUAGAAUUACAACGAAAAUAGAGAGAACAGAUAAGCGGAUUUUCAUUUGGACAAUCGUAGCUACUUGCAAGACCAGUAGCGAGAAUGAUAUGAGAAGUUCAACUAAGUAGAUCAAAGGCUGUUUGUAAAAACACCGGAACUUGGAAGAUCAGUGUCAUCUCUCAUAGGACUCACACUGAAAUUGAUCCCAGCUACUUCACACUUCUAACA